CAGGAACAGCAGAGAGGCUGUCAGGGCAUCCCUGAGGGAGGUUAACCCCUGCCUCUCCAUCCCUGCCCAGCCUGUGUGUCCUGAUGUCAGACUGGUUCAACUUCCACGGGCACAUGUGCAUCGCCUUCGAGCUGCUGGGCAAGAACACCUUCGAGUUCCUGAAGGAGAACAACUUCCAGCCCUACCCCCUGCCGCAGAUCCGGCACAUGGCCUACCAGCUGUGCCACGCCCUCAGAUUUCUACACGACAACCAGCUGACUCACACUGACCUCAAGCCAGAGAACAUCCUGUUUGUCAACUCGGAUUUUGACACGCUGUACAACGAGAACAAGAGCUGUGAGCAGAAGUCCAUCAGGAACACGAGCAUCCGCGUGGCCGAUUUUGGCAGCGCCACCUUCGACCACGAGCACCACACCACCAUCGUGGCCACCCGGCACUACCGACCCCCAGAAGUCAUUCUGGAGCUGGGCUGGGCACAGCCAUGUGAUGUGUGGAGCACUGGCUGCAUUCUGUUCGAGUAUUACCGUGGCUUCACGCUCUUCCAGACCCACGAGAACCGUGAGCAUCUUGUCAUGAUGGAAAAAAUCCUGGGGCCACUCCCAUCUCACAUGGUCCACAAAACUCGGAAACAAAAAUACUUCCACAACGGCAGCCUGGUGUGGGAUGAGAACACGUCUGAUGGCAGAUACGUCCAGGAGAACUGCAAACCCCUGAGGACGUACAUGCUGCAGGACUCGCUGGAGCACGCGCAGCUCUUUGACCUGAUGAGGAGGAUGCUGGAGUUCGACCCCUCGCAGCGGAUCACGUUCUCCCAGGCCCUGCUGCACCCUUUCUUUGCCGGGCUCUCGGCUGAGGAGCGCAUGCUGUGCGGGCGGGGCGGCAGCCGGGACCUCAGCAGAUGACAGAGGAUCCCUCGGGAUUGGCCUCCUCCCCCAGUCCACAGGGGCUGGGGCGCUGCCACAAGGACCCUGGGGAGGGGAGUUGGAAGGAAAGCUCCGUUGGAAAGCACAGAUUUGUCUAUUUAUAUGUUGUAAAGUUAAAAUAAAGUGUUUCUUAUUGUUUGAUACUUCCCUUGUAGGCGGGUGUGGGGUUGUGUUGGCCCAGCUUUGCCUCCGGUGCAAAAGAAAAAUCGCCUGGAAUGAGUGAGGGGAGCGCUGCCCUGGCACAGGAUGGUUCCAGAGGGAGAGCAGACAAAUAAAGAGCUGCACACAACAGCACACAUGAAGAGUUGCACUUUAUUUCAGGGCGUGGUCCCCCGCAGUGGCAGGAAUGGGUGGUUACAAACAUCAGGUCACACGUGGGGUCACCAAGCAGUGCCACAGCGCAGUGAUGGGCAGCUGGCACCAGAGCAGUUCUGUGCAGGUGGGGCUGGAACUGUCCCAAGCACAGCUACAGCAGAGCUCCUCCAGCAUUAACUCUGCCUGUGAGGGGAGCACAGCCACAUACCCGAAUGGAACAGCCCCACGCUGCCUGAGCCCUGCACAGACUUGGGCUGGGGAAUCCCACCACGAGGGGCUGAGCCCUCCUGUUGUGCAACACUGUUCACUUUAUUUUGGAACCAUUUCAAGGCUGGUAACCACCAGGACCUCGGUGCUUCCCAGAACUCCAAUCCCUGCACGAACACCAGCACCUGCUCCAGUGCCUUCCAGCAGGGCUGUCCCUGCUCCUGCUCCGUGUGUACAAGCUACAGCUCAACAGCCAAACCCAGAAAGGGCAGGAAAAACCUGCAGAAAGCAGAAAUUGAAACAGCAAGUCUCCUACUGAGUGUCUUGAGCAAAGAGAGUGAAAAUAAGGCGACUAAAGCUAACACUGACUACAGCAACAACCUUUUUAACCCGGGUAAAGGUCCGAGGAAACAGCUGAAAAAAACAAAAAAAGGCAGAGGGAA